UAUAAACAUUUUAAAAAGAAACAUUAAAUUGAUUAACAAACAAAAAUCGAUAAAUAAACAUAAAAUACAAGAUUCUUUUCUUCAAAACCUAAAAAGCUCGUUCUCCCAAUUAAGAAGACGAACGAACGCCGGCAGUUGAGAAGACGAAUGAACGUGGACUGAGCUUUCCACCUUGUGCUGAGGACGUCAAAAUCGACAAGGGUGGCUUAAACUCAUGCAUCUCCGGCGGCUGCCUGGGGAAGACUCCCCUGGAUAUGACUUGGAAUAUGAGUUGUUCACAGUAAUAUUGCACCAUGGAGGAAGAUGGUACAAUCAUUUUGAAGAGAAAAAAUAUGAAGGGGGUGAGAUUGAUUAUUUUGAUUAUUGUGAUUGGCUAGAUUUCAGCAUGUCUGAAUUGGAGAAAUUUGCAGUGGCACUUGGCUAUGAUUUGCCUAUUCAACUUUGGUGGAGGCCAUAUGGGAAUUCGAUGAAAGAUGGUACACUGCUCAUUUCAGAUAAAGAGAUUAGUCUAAUGGCUUUUGAUAUGAAAAGAAGAAAAUAUAGAAAAGUUGAUAUCUUCCUAAUAGCAGUUUUAGAAAAUAGUAAUAUGAAGUCUUCUUGCACAAUUGGGGAGUUCCCUGAUGCUAAUGUGCUUGCUAAUAUUGUAGUGAAUCCACAACAUGAAACCCAAGAAGCCCAACAUGAAGAAUUGAAUGAAAAUGUCCACCAAGAAGCUAAUGAAGAUGUCCAUGAUCAAGUACAAAAGACUAGGCCUUGGAAAGGAAAGAAGAAAGUUGCCAUUGAAGAUGAUGAUGAAUUCGAAGAGGAAGAAUAUUCUCAUCACAAAGAACAUGAAAUUGAUUUAGAGAAUACUACUAAUCCAAGUAUAUGGUGGUCUUCAGUGACUGAAUUAUGCAAUGAAAAUCAUGGAGAUGAUUCUGAAGGAGUAAUAUCUGAAGAUGACUUGCACAGCUUGGAUAGCGAAGACGAAAAUAAUCCAAUUCGAAGGAGUGAGAACGAAUUCAACCCAAAGUCAAACUUUGAUGAUUUUGAGUUUAAGAGAUAUAUGCUAUUUCCUACAAUUGGCCAUCUAAGGAAUGCAUUGAAAGAGGUAUUUAUAAAAACAAAUAGACAGUACUCAUUUGUUUUCAAUGACAAACAUAGGCUCAGAGCCAAAUGCAAAGCUGAAGGAUGCAAAUGGUUUAUUUAUGCAAGAUUAGUAAGUGGGGAUAACAACACUGUUAGGGUUAACAAAUUGAAUAAUGAACAUGAUUGUGGCAUAGUCUUUGAUAACAAACUUGUCACAAGUUCUUGGUUAGCCAGUCAUUACUUGGAACAGUUUAGACUUAAUCCAAACAUGCAAUAUGAGGCCUUCAGGGAGAUGAUAUCUAAGUCUAAAUACAGUGACAUCUCAGGUUCUACAUUUUACAGGGCUAAGAAGAAAGCAAGAGAUUUGUUAAAUGGGUCGGUGAAGGAUCAAUAUGCAAUCCUUGACGAUUAUUGUAGGCAGUUGCUAGAAACAAACCCAGGAAGCACAGCUAUACUUAAAACUAGACUGAUUGAUGGGAAAAGAGUGUUUGAGAGGGUAUACAUUUGUUUGAAAGCCUGUAAAGAUGGAUUUAAUAAGGGUUGCAGGCCUCUCAUAGGAUUGGAUGGAUGUUUCUUAAAAGGCUAUUGCAAAGGUAUGUUGUUGGCUGCUGUUGGAAUAGAUCCAAACAAUUCACAGUUUCCUAUUGCUUAUGCAAUAGUUGAGAAAGAAAAUACAGAUUCUUGGACAUGGUUUCUAAAGCUAAUUGUUGAGGAUCUUAACAUUCAAAGGCCAAACAUCUUCACAAUGAUGAGCGAUAGGCAAAAGGGGUUAGAAAAAGCAUUGUCUGACUUAUUUGGUGGAGCAGAAAUUAGAUUUUGUGUGAGGCAUCUAUACUCUAAUUUCAAAAAAGAACAUUCUGGCUUGCUACUUAAACAAAUGUUAUGGGCUUGUGCAAGGGCAACCACACCAGUAGACUUUACUCGAAAGAUGAAUGAGCUUAGAGAAAUGAAUGAACCAGCAUACCAAUGGUUGCUGAAAAAAGACCCUAAGGAAUGGAGUAGAUCACAUUUCAGAGAUGGUGUAAAAUGCGAUAUGCUUGUCAAUAAUUUAUGUGAAAGCUUCAACUCAGCAAUCAUGCCUGCAAGAGACCAAUCAAUAAUAACAUUGUUGGAAAAGGUUCGAUUUUGGCUUAUGUGUAGAUUUCGAAGGAAAAGGGAAAGUGUUAAGAAAUGGGUGGUUCCAGUUGAUAAACGAAUCCGUGACAUUAUUGAGAAAAAUAAGAAGGUGGCAACACACUGUAACUCUGUCCUGUCAGGAAAUGCAAAGUUUGAAGUGUCUUAUCUUGGAUCAAAGAGAUUUGUGGUUGAUUUGAAAAGCAAAACAUGCACUUGCAGAGGUUUCCAAUUGUCAGGCAUACCUUGUCCGCAUGCAUUGGCUUCUAUUAGGUCAUCGGGUUUGGAAGUCAUGGAUUAUGUUGAUGACUGGUAUAAGAAAGAUGCUCAUGUUGCUGCAUAUGCAGGGGUAAUUGAACCAAUGCCUAGUCCAGAUAUGUGGCCUGAAAUCGGUCAAAACCCAAUACUUCCACCUCCAGAGUAUAGCCUACCUGGAAGACCUAAGAAAAAAAGAAACAGAAGUAAUGAUGAACCUCCUGCUGCUGUUAUGAAUCAACCAAGGAAGAGUCAACAAAAUCAUUGCAGCAAUUGUAAGCAGACAGGGCAUUCUAAAAGAACUUGUGAAGCCAAUGUUGUUACUAAGGAUAAUGCUCCAAAGAAGAGAGGCAGACCACCAAAGACUAAUCCAGAGCCUGAGACAGUGAAACGGAAUGCAAGGAGAAAGAAACAAAUUGCAAGGGAACAAGCCUCUGUAUCUCAACAACAAGAAGAUUGAAUUACUCAUGCAUGGAGAGAACUUUUUAGAUGUAUUUUGCUACCUAUGGAUAUCAUCUUCUUUAAUGUAUUUUUCUUAUUAUAAGACGCUAUCAUAUUUUGGAUGUAUUUUGGUACUAUGAGUAGCGUAAUUUUUAAUGUCUUUUUGGUUAUUGUAAGGAGCAAUGAUACUUUUGAUAUAUUUUGGUACUAUGGAUAGCAGGUUUAGUUAACAACUAAUUUUUUGAUCAA